AUGUCAUCUGGAGCGAACAUUCACUGUGAACCGAUCCAGCUGUACAGCAAUGAUGGGAUAACUUUACCUUUCUGUUUCACGCAAAAAGCUAAAGAGAGGAACUUCCGACAAAGAGACGGAGAGUUUACUGACAAGGAGUGCACAUUCACUAAGCAGCGUUCAGACAGUGCUUUGCAUAUGAUGUUCAGUGGUUCUCUCAGGUUGAAGUGUAAGACGGCCUGCUGUCAGCGCUGGUACUUCACCUUUAAUGGAGCCAAAUGCACUGGACCGUUACCUGUAGAGUCUAUCAUUUACCUGAACUCAACUCCAGCAUAAACAUAUACAGGACCUCCACAGGUAACGUUUAUAAAGCAUCUAUAACUCACGUUACAGAGCAUUUAAUAAGAUCAAGAAGACAAAAAUAAUGACAAUUCCAAUUAAGUCAAUAUAGGUGAACAAAUUCAGCCAGUGAGCCCUUUAACUAUGUUGUUUUUCAAGUUCUCCAAGUGCCGAAGUGGAUUUUGGCCAAUGAGAAGACACCAGAAAAUGAAACAAGCUUGUUUUCUGUUGGAAAAUUAGAAAGGUACACAAGCCUGUAAUUUUGUGAUUUGAGCAGAGUGAAUAGGAGAAAUUUUGUUGAGGUUUUUUUGUUGUUCAGACAUUUUGAACAUAUUUUCUGGAGGGACGAAUAAAAUCACGUAAUGUAUAUUUUUAAUUCAAGAGUGUAAUAUUAUUAAAGAUCGCACAACGUUUGCUUUAUUGUAGACAAAGUGGAAUUCAGAUGCUUGAUUUUUACAUAUAACAACCAGAAAUAUUGCUCAUUUGAAAAGAUUAUAUGCUGCUUACAUUAUAUGCUGUGUGUACUAGAAGAAAUAAAGGCCAAUAUUAUUUUAAUACGAAUAAUGCAAUCAGUAUUUUGAAUCAUUUGAAUGUUUUUUAUGAAUAAACAUGAUAUUAUACAAACAUAAAAUAAAAUGAUAUAAACAUGUACGGUUAUAAAAACAUGGAGCUGUAAGAGUUUUUGCCGAACUGGAGGUGUCAGUAUAAACACCUUGGUAAUGGCAUACUAAUAUACUACUCUUAUUUCUGCCAUAGACUGCCAUAGCAGAAGUAGUAAGAGUAGUAUGUGAAGUGUGCAAUUGUGAAACACAGGUCACCAUUGUCAUAUUGUAAGUCUGGCCAAUUGUGAAAAAGCGGUGUUGUCAUCAGAGCUUGUGCAGCUUCUCUGGAACGACUGCAGAGGCUGCGCCAGCCGGCUGCUCUGGAAUUGCUCUCGGGGUACUUUGAUGGCAUACAUCACGGUGACGCGGCAGUGGUGGUGCCGUUUCAAGUCAGACAGAAUUUUUAACUGACAUGCACUGCUUCAAGUUCUCCGCCGAUCGGUCUGCACAGCGAUGCAUGAAGAUGAACACACCUAAAGGCAAACAUGAGGGCAAACAAGGGGCAAACAAGAUAACAUCACAACCAAUGACGAACUAGGACUGAUAACAAGAAAACACAGAACUAAUAAACUAGAUAAGACUAAUGAAUGAAAACCAAUCAAAAGACAAGACUAGGGUCACAUGACAACAAAUAAAUCACAUGACAAAACUCAUGACAUGAAACAAGAACAAGGAAGUAAACUAAACUUGCAAAAUAAAAGACAUGAAAUCAAAACAUGGACAAAAACUAUGGUGUAAUUUUUAUAUCACCAGAACUUGAAUUUGAAAA